AUGAAGUCCCUCACCACCGCCCUCCUCUCCGGCCUCUCCCUCCUCUCCCUCGCCACCGCCUCCCCCCUGCAGCACCUCGGCGCGCGCGACGACCCCGUCUGCCCCGCCGACGGCUACCUGCCGGCCGACCCGGCCGCGUGGCUCUUCCCCGUCGGCAUCUACCCGGUGUCGGCAUCCAACCCGGACACGGCGUACGGCACCGUCUACUCGCCCAAGAUCACGCCCGGCGACUUCUGCACCAUCUUCAACCUGUACGUGCCCGAGUCGGCCGCGGGCAAGACGUGCACCCUCAAGUUCUUCUUCCCCGACCAGAGCCAGCUGCGCACGAGCAGCUACACGUACGAGGGGGCCGGCCACUUCACCUUCACCGGCUACGCGUUCGGCUCCGGCGCGACGGAUCAGACGACGUGGAAUAAUCAGCCGCCGGCUGGGCCGAGCCCUCCCUCUCCGCCUGCAGUGCUGGCUCCCGGCAACGCCUACGUCAUCAACGCCGGCGAUUGCGGUGUCCAGGCCGGCCAGGGCUCGCUCGAGGUCAGCGGCAUGCUGUGCAGCUCCGAUACCACCUUUGAGUACUUCCAGGACUCCGACCUGUGCCCCAUUGGCUUCUAUGUUGUUAUCAGUUAA